AUGGCGGAGGGAUCUAAACGCCUAAUUAAAUGUAGACCUUCCAAUUAUAUUUCUCACGAUUGGCAAGCCUCUCGAGUUCGGUACGUGCUUUUUUUACACCCUUUUACUCACAAUGAAAUCGAACGCAAACGUCGAGCUCGGUUAAAAUCGGAAACCGACUUUCUUCAUCAGCAACUUCCAAAGGCGGUCUAUCGAGAUAAACUUGCCGUUUUUAAGGCUGGGGCUGAACUCUUGCUUAAAUAUUCAAAUUCAAACGGUUCUGAUGCGCGAAAUCUCAUCCUCACUGACAGCGAGUAUUCAGCAUGCAUACUAAAUAAUUUUCAGGGAUUCGGCAUGCAGAUAAGAUGUGAGGAUGGGAUGAUUUUGAUGACCACACAGAACUGGAGCCAGUGCCUUGGUCCCGAUUUCUCUUUUCCAACAGGAAAGAAGAUCCGUGAGGUGAUUCUGUCGACUGAACUGACAGAGGGGAUUAUUGAAGCCAAUCUUUCGCUGUCACCUGAGGAGCGCGCUCAACUAACAAAUGGGCAAGUUGUCGCCCGGAAUUUUAUACUUCCUGUUGUCAGCACUUCGAGUACACUCCAAAAUUUAUCUGAGAGGAGUUUUUGCCUUAUCGAAUGCUGCGGGGAUAUCGCUUUGUUACCCACUGCUCACACCGAAGACGGCCAGGUGCCUGCGAACGAGCCCGUACUGCAGGUCAUUUGCCGUGCUUUGGAGCACAAAUCUACCGACCAGGAUGUGUCUAACGGCAAACUCUUUUCACUACGCAUUCAACCCGAAUCGCAUUUAAUCUUGGAACUCAAUAGCCAUGAACUACCGGCUGGCGUUUCGCCUGGUGAUAUGAUUGGCCACUCACUGGUCGACCUCACCUCUCGAGCUUCCCAACCGAUCAUAGAGAAAGGUCUAAAUAACGCGGCACGAACGGGCGAGGCCGAAUUCACAAUCUCCUUGGAGCGUCCUUCGGCUCUCGCUGGGCCCUUGCAGUUUCUGGUUGUGGUCAAGGCCAUCACUGUUUGCGACAGCCUCCACUGUCUUGUAGCAGAUUUCUAUCCCCAUCAGAAGCAGGAACCAUAG